AUGCAGUUGAAUAAAAUGAAAAAAGCCGAACUGAUCGAAGAGUGUCGUAAAAACGGACUUGGUACCGAUGGUACAGAAGAAGAGUUGAGAACUAGAUUGAAAGAGUUUUUGGUAGAAAAUACGUCAUCACAGUCAUCGCGUUCAAAUAGUGUUACGAGAGAUAAUGUCGACGAAUUGAAAAAUUUACUCGUCAAAAUGCAAGAAGAAUUGGCGGCAUUGAAACAAGAAAAUGCGCGUCAAAAUCAAAGUCAAAGCAACCAUGAUGAAAGUGACGCUGCACACACAACGGAAGAGCAUCAGCAACAACAACAACAACAGCAGCAGCAACCACCGAACGGUGUAAGCAACGAAAACGAAGACAGUGUAAACGGUAGCCGUCCACAUACACAAUCAAGUUGUCAGCGACAAGUAAAUAGUGCAAAUCAGUUCACAAAGCCAAGCUUAAUGAACACAUCGCACGAAGUAAGAGCUAGCAAUCAAAAUAGCGGUUCAUUUGCAGCAUUUUCAUUCCGUGACAUCGAACACGCGUUGAAUUCGUUCACUGGAACUGGGAAUUAUCGCAUCGAAACAUAA